AAUAAGAAGUAUCGCAGAAAUCCUGAGUAAAUUAGACUAAGCAAAUGUACAUAUUUAUUUUUCUCAUGACUCUUCUUAAAGUAAAUGAAUCUAGAUUUAUUAUCUAAAUAUUUUUAUACUUUUAUUGAUUAGCUUUAGAUUAAACAUGAAUGAUUCCCAAGUGGUCAGCACAUGCAUUUGGUCAGAAAAACAUCAACGCAAAACCAUACUUGCCUUGCAGCGUACAUUCUCAGCAUUAUCACUAGUUGGUUGCAUAUUUAUCGUUGUAUUAAUAUGGCUGUUCAAAACAUACAAAUAUUUUGUACAAAGAUUAAUUCUAUUUCUUAGCAUAUCUGCCGCCUUUCAAAGCUUUAGUUUUAUACUGGGUGACUUGUAUGAAAAUGAUACCAUGUGUCAAUUCCAAGCUUUUAUUAUGCAAUAUUUUGGUUGGGCUACUUUGUUAUGGGUUUUGUGCAUCACAAUCAAUAUUAUUUUGGUUGUUCGAGGAGUUGUUAAUACAGAGAAGUUCGAGAAAUGGUAUCACCUGAUCUGUUGGCUGCUUUCAGUUUUUUGGGCUAGCUUACCAUUUAUUGGAAAAAAAUAUGGUCCUGCAUGUGUUUGGUGUUGGAUUAAACAAGAUGCAACAGCAUUAAGAUUUGGUACUUGGUAUGUUCCAAUCUUCUUAGUAAUCCUGUUUUUAGUGUUUGCUUAUGUUUAUAUUGUCCUAAAAGUUUUUGUGCGAAGUGGUCGUUGGAGUGGAACAUACAACGCAGAAGUUGAACAUGAUAAUGCAAUGUUACUAAAAGAGGUGAAGCCACUAGCGUCGUUUCCAUUGAUUUACUUGAUAUUGACUAUCCCAACGUUAAUUUAUCGUAUUGAAGAUGCUGUUCACCCGCACCAGUUACCAAAGUACUUCCUGUUAAUUCUUAGUGUUAUAUUUAGUCCUUCUGUUGGAGCACUAAAUGCAGUCGCAUUUGCAUUUUAUGGAGAAUUUCAGUCAUUGCUUACAUGGAAUCAAAUUAAGUCUGCAUUUUUGUCGCGAUUUUCCUCAACGGCUCACGUAACUCAUAAUUAUGAUGUUGGGGAUGAUGAGGAAUCUAUUUUCGAUCCACGUGUGUGAGAUUAAUAAACAAGAGGAACUAAAAGCCAUUUAUGUACUUGGCAUUAAUUUUUGUUAAAGUGGAACAUUUAUUAUUAAUUUUUCUACAUCAUAAACAUUAAAAGCAUUCAUCAUAGAAAAUAUUUUUAAUUUAACUUUUUCUAUAUGUAUUAAAACCGAAAUUAAUUUGUUUUAUUGGCUUAUCUUUAUCUGUUGUACUUUUUAUCCAAAUAUGUAUGAAUCUGAUGCAAGCAAAUUGCUAGUUAUUGCUGAGAAAAAGAAAAAAUAGGUAUAAACUAGCUUCACUGAAUUGAUUUUCUUAACUUUUUCAUUAUGUAUAUUUACAUCUGUUUUUCGAAAGUAUCAAUACUUUUCAUAUUAUAGCUAUACCUCCCCUUUAAGUUUUUAUUUUUAUAUCAAAAAAGAGAUUUAUUUAAACCUGCACUUUUUCAGUUUGUCCACACAGAUAUGUCACACAUUUUGUGAAAUGUUAUUAAUGCAUUUUUUUUGUAACUGUAUCAUCAACUUACAAAAUUGCUGGUUCCAUUCCAUCAACCAUUAGAAAUCAGACUUGUCUUAA